CAUGCUAUGGGAAGGAAUGCUUGUGUCUUUGUAGGAGAGUGAAAGAGCAAAUGAAAAGAAGAGAGGAGGAGGAGGAGGAAAGAAAGAGGAGGGAGGGAACUAAGCUAAGUUCUGCAGCGUGGCUCUGUCUCUGAAUGAAAGAACCUCUCUCUCUCUCACUCUCUCCUGCUCUCCGUAUGUAUGGCUCAUGUCGGCUGCAGCGAGUGAGCACAUGUCCAGGGCAAACACAGCGAGGCUCUUCAAGUGACUUCAAGCUGGAAGUAAAUAUUUUGCACUAACUUCGGCUGAAGGUGCAAGUCUAAACUUCCGUCCCUGCUGGAUUACUUCUUAGCAAUGGGACUGCUUUCUUUUGAGGAUUGCUGAGCAUCCAGCAAAUAACUUAUUUUUGAUGGAAAUGGAGUUUCAGUAACUAGAAGAUUUUGACACUUUCUUUCUUUCAAGAAAUUGUGUUGUGAUCCACAGAUGUUUUUGCAGAUAUGACACUACUGUAGUGACAGGAACUGAAACUCUCCACAUGAGCAGGACCUUGGGACAUUGGUUCUGCCAUCCUCCACACACCACCCGGAUAGCUGCACUGUAGAUCUCCUCACCAUCAAAAGAAUUCACUGGACCUGGAUCAGUUUGACCCCUACUUGCCAUAUAGGCAUAAUGCCUGGACUCUGAGCGCUUUGUAGGUCUCUGGCCAACUUGCAGGCAGGUGUGAUGCUGGGUGGUCAGUGUGUUUGAUACACACACACACACACACACACACACACACACACACACACACACACACACACACACACACACACACACACACACACACACACACACACACACACACACACACACGGGGUUGCCUGAAACUGCAGUGACCGGGACAUCACAUGAGGACAUCCAAAUCUCCAAACUCUUUCAGCAAAGCUAACUUUGAGUCUCAAACCUGUGCUUGACAGAUGCCGGUGGCAAAGUAACAUGUCCAUUGUCUUACAACAAGGCUUCACUCUUCUCACACAUAUAUAGUGUAAUAUUAAAUCCAAAGUGCUUUGAUUUGCUGAAUUAUUGGGUCAAGAGCCAAACUACACUGAACUGAAAGACAUUUUCACACCAUGACCCUACAAACUUGUAAUUUGCAUCACGCUGUCCUCCCUUACCUCCUUCUUCUGGUCCUGCUGUUGCUCCUCCAUGCCUUACGGGGGUGCUGUCACCCCCAGUGUUUGGACUACAAGCCUCCGUUUGAGCCCCGGCAGCCACUGGUCUUCUGUAAGGAGUAUUCUAAAUUUGGAUGCUGUGAUCUGGAAAAAGAUGAGGAGAUAUCAGUCAAGUUUUACACCAUCAUGGACAAUUUUGACCAUUCAGGUUAUGUGACCUGUGCCAAGUACAUACGCAGCAUCCUCUGCCAGGAGUGUUCUCCAUACGCCGCCCACCUGUAUGAUGCUGAGGAUGCUAACACUCCAAUGCGGAUGCUGCCUGGAAUAUGCGGGGAUUACUGCUCCGAUUACUGGCAGCAGUGUCGGUACACGCUCAGCCUCCUCCUGGAGGAGUUGGGGGGGACGCAGCAGUUUGCCAACAUGACUGCAACGAUAGAAGAAGAUCGCAGAAAGUUCUGCGACUUUCUGGAGCUGAAGGAUAAACAGUACUGCUAUCCUAAUGUAUUGACAAAUGCAGCACUAAAUGCUAACUUGGGGUUGGUAAGUGAGGAUCCCAAAGGAUGUCUGGAGCUGUGUUUGCAGGAGGUUGCCAACGGGCUCCGUAACCCCGUGGCCAUGAUUCACGCAAAUGAUGGGACUCAUCGAUUCUUUGUGGCGGAGCAGCUGGGUUAUGUAUGGGUGUAUCUGGCCAACGGCUCUAGGAUCGACCGUCCUUUCCUUAACCUCACCCAUGCUGUCCUCACAUCACCGUGGGCUGGAGACGAGAGGGGAUUCCUCUGCAUAGCCCUACACCCAAGGAUCACCACAGUCAGAAAAGCCUAUGUGUACUACUCUGUGUCUGUCAAGAAGGAGGAGAGGAUACGUAUCAGCGAGUUCACACUGUCGGCACAUGAUGACAACCAACUAGACCACUCCUCUGAGAGGACUAUUCUUGAGGUGGUAGAGCCGGCAUCCAAUCACAAUGGAGGACAGCUUCUAUUUGGCCAUGACGGGUACCUGUACAUCUUCAUUGGUGAUGGGGGCCGAGCUGGGGACCCAUUUGGAAAGUUUGGCAACUCACAGAACAAGUCAACACUCCUCGGCAAGGUGCUGCGUCUUGAUGUUGACAACAAUGACGAUGGCCCCCCGUACAGCAUCCCCUCAGAUAACCCAUUCUUGAGAGAAAAAGAAUCACGACCCGAGAUUUAUGCCUUUGGCGUUCGCAAUAUGUGGCGUUGCUCCAUUGACCGCGGUGACCCUGCUACAGGCCGGGGCGGAGGCAGGAUGUUUUGUGGUGACGUAGGCCAGAACAAAUAUGAAGAGGUGGACCUUAUUGUUAAAGGAGGCAACUAUGGAUGGAGGGCCAAAGAAGGCUUCAGCUGCUACGAUCGCAAACUCUGUCACAACUCCUCGCUAGAUGACAUCUUGCCUAUCUUUGCCUACCCCCACAAGUUGGGCAAAUCAGUGACGGGAGGAUACAUCUACAGAGGCUGUCAGAUGCCCAACCUCAAUGGACUCUACAUCUUCGGGGAUUUUAUGAGUGGGCGUCUGAUGUCUCUAAAGGAGAAUGUUACUUCUGGUGAAUGGCUGUACAAUGAGAUCUGCAUGGGAAGAGACCAGACCUGCAGAUUCCCCAAACUCAUCAACAGUUACUACAAAUACAUCAUCUCUUUUGCUGAGGAUGAAGCAGGUGAACUGUAUUUUUUAGCCACAGGAGCCGCGAGUGCCACAGCCAGAGCAGGAGUCAUCUAUAAGAUAAUUGACCCUUCCAGGCGAGCAGCACCAGGAAAAUGCAGGGUCAAGCCUUCACCUGUUAAGAUAAAAGGAAAACUGAUUCACUUCUACCCCAAAGAAGAGUUUGUAAUCAACAAGAAGCCAACCACCACGCCUGUACCUACAACAACCACAAGAAAAACUACAACAACAACAAAAACACCACCAAGAAGAAAGUCACCUAUAAUAAUAAUAAAACCACCAAUGCCAACAAGAGCAACAAUAAGAAAAAUGCCCCUACCACCAACAAAAGCAACAACAAGAAAAACAACAUUACAGACAACAAGAAAAACAAUGAGAAAAACACCCCCAGCGCCCACAAAACCAACUAUAAAAGCAACAACAACAAUAAAAACAACCUCAGCAACAACAAUAAAAUCAACAACCGUACCAACACCUGUCCAGAUGUCCAUGGCAACAACCCCUGCCACAACCACACCCACUGGUUAUCUCACAACCGUCAUGACUGCAGCCUACUCUAGGAUUGCUCAAACCCCAAUCAUCACCACACCUCCAACCAGGAGACACGGGAGACCCCAUCAGUACGCCCCUUUUACCACCUCACAACCUUUUACCUCACCACAACAUCCUCCUUCUCCAUCCACAACAUCCCUGAAACGACACCAGAUGGCUCUGACCUCUGCACGAUACCCUGAGCCUCCUGGAGCGCUGACCACACCACUGCCGCCAUAUUGUUGCCAGAAACCCACGGCAUCAGGCUUCAAGCCCCAGAGACCACCAAUCAACACAACGCUACCUAAAUCACAGGAAGAGAGGCUGUGGCUCGGAGAGAAGCUUGAAAGCGCAGGAGAGGGUAACCGAGUAUAUAAGAGAGUUCGAGGAAGAGGUCGCGGUCACAAGAGAGGAAGAAGGCUGCGGGUCGGCUCAGUGCGACUGGUAAGCGCCGAUGGUUUGUCAGAUCGAGGUAGAGUGGAGAUCUUUAUCCGUGGUGAGUGGGGGACAGUUUGCGAUGACCUUUUCAACAGCAAAGCAGGUACUGUGGUGUGUCGACAGCUCGGCUUCACGACAGCAUUGGCCGUGAUGAAGAGGGCUGCACUUGGGGAGGCAGACCGCAGCGUCAGGAUCCUACUGGAUGAUGUGGAGUGUGAGGGCGGGGAGAGAUCGCUGCUAGAGUGCAAGAGAUCCAGGGUGGGGAAACACAACUGCUCACAUGGGGAAGAUGUAGGGGUGAUCUGCGGUUAGCACGGAGGGGUGAAAAGUUAAAGUAUAGGAAGAAAAGAAAGAAGUGACGAAGAUAGUGUUUGAAGAAGGUAUGAAAGGUUAUUACAGACUGCUCAUUUUUAAGCAUUGAUGUGGUGAUGUCAGUUUGCUAACAAUUCUAUGAAUGUUUUUCUUCACAUUUUCCAAUUUUGCAUAUUGAUGUUUCAUGUCAUUUCCCUUCCUCUGCCAAAUAAUAAUUAAAAAAAAACAUUCCAGAGGAGCCUAUGAUGGGAGUUUCUCCUAAUCUCACUCAGUCCACUGUUUUGUAAAAUCUGAUCAAGCAAAUCACACCAAUUGUGAAAGUUCAUAUUAACACAUAAACCAUUAUGUAGUUAUCCAUCUCUAUAUCACUCAUUAUUAACCACUGUGUA